UAGCGAUUUCUGUAAAGCUGGACAAGCUGGAAAGAAAGGUGAAAUUAACGAAUAUCACAAACUUAAGCAUUGACGAUGAGGAAUAUUUGUACAAUGUCACCACUGACAUUGAGCAUUUCAUAAACCAAAGGCAUAGUUCUAGUGUUCUACUUUUUCCACCUGUGAACAAUUUUCGCCGUUUCCUUAUCCAUCAGGCAUGUGAGCAAUUUCGCCAGCAGUACGAUCUCUUCACUUUUUCUGUGGGGCAGGGGCCAUUCCGCCGCACUGUUGUCUGUUUUCGGAAUCAAUUAUUGGAUCCGAAUAAAUUUACAGAGUCAACGGCAGCAGCAAACUUUGAGUCGCGAAAAAAGUCACCAGUAAAAAAUUGGCGCAGUGAGCGAAAACCUGACGGUAACACGAACGAUAUAACUUCAGUUGCUAGACAGCACAAAAUCUCGAUUGGUAAGAUGGGUGUGGAGAAAAAUGGAAGUGAAACCCGCUUAUUCAAAACGAACUCAUUAGAUCUCUAUCGACCUCCAGCCUUAAGAAAUUAUAAUCAGAGUGGUGCUUCGCCUGAUGGUGUAGCUGCCGCCUAUAACCUCAGUGCAGCGGCGGCAGAACGUACAACAACUGCGACUGACAAAGACACACUGUUAUCUACCUCAAUAUCAUGCAAUAAUUCCCCGACCCAUGCAAAUGAGAACAACAGUUUCGAUAAUAAUGCAAUGACCUCGAGGUGCGUAAACGAGGAUUAUGGCACAACAAAGACAACGACUACAAGCAUAUCGGUAAUCAAAUCAGAGGCACCAACAAGUUGCGGGGGUAUGGAAACAGCGCCAACGACAACCGCCGCAGUCAGUAGCAAAUCUGGUCAGCAAAGGCAAUCGUCAGCUGUAAGACGUGAACGUCGACCAGAUAGAGCGGUGUAUAUUCCAAGGGCACGACGCAGUCAAACUACCCCGCCAACGACGCCAACUACCACAGCUGUCGAAGUAACACGGUUACAACAAAAACAUAGUAAAACAAAUGAUACCGCACCUUCGGCUACUUCGUUAGCUCCGACGCCAACAACGACUGCUUGUAAUAAUAAUAGCUGCGGCGGCAGUAAUAAGCAGCGUUUGGCAAUUACUUCGGAGACAAGAGCGUCAGUACAAACUGCAGCGCCGACCAAGCUGGACGAUACAUCUGGAAACAAAAGUGCAUGUAUUGCAGUUGUUUGCAUGGGAAAGAAGACGAAAUCUUCUACAGUAAACAAUCGCGAACGCAGAGAACGUUCUAAAAAGUCUACUCUCAGCGUGGAGGCACAAGACGCGAAAAUAUCGAAAUUGUCAUCAGAGCGAACCGAAACGAAAACAAUACGGAACUUGCAUGAUUCAAUAACACAUACCGAUUCGCUUGAUAGUACAGCUGUUUUGAUAAGUCAACAAAAACAACCGCAUUUGAAUAGUGAUAAUUUACCAAAUCUACUGUUAAUGGAACAACAACCAACAGAAGAACUAAAAAUAGCACCGGAAACCAUUGUCAACAACGAAAUGAAUACUAAUUCGAGCAGACGAAGUAAAAUUAAGCAAAGUAAUACUGAAAACGCAAGCAAAGUGCAGAAUUUACGAAUAGAAGAUGUGGCAUCAACAGAAAAUGGUACAAGGAGUACAACUAAAUGUGAUGCAGAAGCACAAGAGUUCCAGCGAGCUUCGAAGGAAAUAAAUCGUAGCAACCGACGGAUUAUUAAGCAAACAUUCGUCUCAGAUGUACUUGAAAUUCCGGAGAAAAUCGAAAAUGGUAAAGAAAAUGAUAAGGAAUCUAGUCGAAAAAGUCCAAAUAAUAUUCCCAUUUCGACACCACAUCGCUCUGCCGUAGAUAGUACCACAGAAGAGGAGGAAGAAGACGACUGGGAAACUAUGUACGAUGAUAGCGGAGAAUGUUUAGAUCCGAAAAUCAUGCAAGAACUCACAGCUUCGGUGGGAAAAGUGAAAAUCGAAUUGCCAAAAAUGGAUUAUAGUGCAUAUCUUACAAAACAGUCUAUACUCAACGAUGAGGAAUUCCCGCACGUACUUGAAGUAUCAAAUUUCCCUGUCGAAUUUAAAAAUCAUGACCUUCUUAUGGUUUUUUCCCAAUACAAGGAAUCUGGUUUUGAUAUUAAAUGGGUGGAUGAUACCCAUGCCUUGGCUGUGUUCAGCAGUUCCCGAAUUGCUGCUGAAGUCUUAACCAUGGGCCACCCAUUCGUAGUACUGAAACCAUUAGCGGAAGCUACAAUAGAAUCGCGCUUAAAGGCUAAGAAAUGUGCUGCAUCUCUGCAACCAUAUCGUCAAAGGCCCGAGACGUGUGCAGCACUCGCACGUCGUCUUGUUACUGGAGCUUUAGGUGUACGUCUGAAAACAGCUGCCGCAGAAAGAGAGAACGAGAAACGGGUACUACGCGAGGCUAAGGAACGUAAGAUGUUAGCAGCUAAACAGCGAGAUGAGAUAUGGGAAAGCUAGACAUCAUUGUCUGUAUUAUAUUUGUGGUACUAUUUCCUGCCUGCAUUUUAAAUAAUAGCGGACUAUAAAUAAACAAAGAAAAUCGCUUUAAAUGCGAUAAAUUGCACUUGAUAUAUCUUUUUAAAGAUAUCCCAAUAAAAUAGUUAGACAUAAGAGAGUAGUAGAGAAUUUGUAAUAUAUAUAUGCUCAAAGAACUAUUUUGUAAAUUAUUAAAAUUUGAGCAGUUUAUUUACAUUUAAUUGUGAGUACAUAAGUUAAAAUUUAUAUUAGAUGCCAAUAUACUGAAAACUGCAAUAUCGAAAACAUAA